AUGGAGGAACUCUACCACACUCACAAACAGCCCAGGAGCCCUCAGGAAACCGCAUCGUGGUUGUCUCGAUUGUUCUUCGUAUGGCUCCUCCCGCUCUUCCGGGCCGGUCUUUCGCGAUCAUUGGUAGUCGAGGAUCUGUAUGCGUGUCCACAGUGGGAAGAAUCGCAGCCUGCGGCAGAUCGUCUCCAAGAAGAAUGGGAGAAAGAACUGUCGACCAGGAAACCUAAUUUGUUCCGGGCGCUCUGGCGGAUGUACGGGAAACUGUACCUGGGUGUGGCAGUUUUCGUUGUGAUUGAAGAAUGCAUUAAAAACGUGCUGCAGCCAGUGGCGCUCGGCUGGCUAGUCGCGUACCUGACCAAUCCGGACGCAUCACCUCUGACUUACAGCGAGUUUGUACUUUGCGCGGCGUUGGUUUCGUUCCUGGGAGGGGCCCACAUCUUCACGCAUCAUCCGUACUUUUUCAAUAUGCAGAGAAUCGGCAUGCGGGUACGAGUAGCUUGCUGUUCGCUGAUGUAUCGGAAGUGUUUGAAGCUGUCACAGGCCGCCCUCAACAAGACAGCUUCCGGCCAGAUGGUGAACCUCAUGUCCAACGACGUGAGGUAUUUCGACAGCUCGGUACUCUUCAUUCCCUACUUGAUUGUCGCCCCUCUGCAGACACUUAUCAUCACGGUUAUUCUGUACAAAGAGCUCGGUUGGCCGAGUCUCUGCGGAGUUGGAUACGUUCUCGUUUGGGUCCCGUUCCAGUACGGCAUGGGGAGGAAAUUCGCGAAAAUUCGCCUGCAGACAGCCGAGCUCACCGAUCGACGCGUACGGCUGACAAACGAGUUGGUGGCCGCGAUGCGCGUCGUUAAAAUGUACGCUUGGGAGAAGCCUUUCGGCAAAUUGGUGUCGGACGUCCGCAAGUUGGAAAUCGGCCGAGUGCGAAUAGCUUCGACACUGAAGGGAAUUAACAUGGCACUGUUCUUCGUCUCCUCGAAAUUCGUUCUAUUUUUGAGCUUCACGUGCUUCACGGUGAUAGCCGGCGGAAACCUCACCUCGGAACGAGUUUUCGUCUGCCUGGCGCUCUUCAACUCUCUCCGGCUCGCGAUGGGCCUCUAUUUCCCUUUCGGCAUGAGUCAGGGAAUGGAGACCCUGGUCUCGAUCGGGAGAAUCCAGCGCUUCCUUCUGCUGGACGAAAAGCGGCUGAGCAAUAGCUCCAUCUCGAGACAGAACGACGAACUCAUGCUGCGGAUGAGCGACGUCAAGGCGACGUGGACCGAGCUCGGCCCCCCGGUUCUCAACAACAUCAACUUUCGUAUCCGACGCGGCGAACUCAUCAUCGUCGUGGGACCCGUGGGCUGCGGGAAAACGUCGCUGUUGAUGUCGAUUCUCGGCGAGCUACCUCUGCAAACGGGCUGCGUCAAACUGGGCGGAACGGUUGCGUACGCGUCCCAAGUGCCGUGGCUGUUCCAGGCCACCCUCAAGCGAAACGUGUGUUUCAACUCGAAGAUGAACGAAAAACGAUUACGGAAAGUCGUGGAAGUUUGCGCUCUCGAGAGGGAUAUCAGCCUCCUACCUCUGGGCGAGAACACUCUCGUCGAGGAUAAGGGCGUGUCGCUGAGUGGCGGCCAGAAAGCCCGCGUAAGUCUUGCGAGGGCCGUAUACCACGACGCCGAUCUAUAUAUACUCGACGACCCGUUGAGCGCCGUGGAUCCGGCCGUAUCGCAGCACAUAUUCGAUAAAUGUAUCCGGGGCUAUCUCCGCCACAAGGCCGUCAUCGUCUGUACGCAUCAGCUGCAAUAUCUCAAGUUUGCCGAUCGAGUGCUCGUGCUGGAGCCAGGGGGGAAGCCUGCGGCUUACGGACGCUACCACGACAUCGUGAACUCGGGUGUUGAUGUCGGAGCCCUGGUGGACACUUUUGGUCGGGCGCCGGGCCCGACAACAGCUGGUGACGUAUUCUCGAUGUCACUGAAACGACGCUCUUCAUCAGCUGCCAGCGCCAUACCCAUAAGUGAGCUGCAUCAGGACCCACCUGAAAUUACUCUCGCCAUCAGAGACCAGCAGACAGAAGAGGGCCGCGGAACGGGCACUGUUUCCGGCAAAGUUUACUGGCAAUUCGCCAAACUAGGGGCCGGAUGGCUUCUCCUCAGUCUUCUGGUGAUCAGCUCUGUGGCAUCGCAAGCCUUAUUUAACGGAUCGGACUUUUGGCUGACGUACUGGGCGAACCAGGUCGAACAAAAGCUCUCGCUCGACGGGGAAGGCCUCGAACCGCGAGCUCUGAGUCGCAUGGCCUGGAUAUACGCGCUCCUGGUUUUUCUGCUUCUUGUAGCGUCGUUGCUCAGAGCGCUGACGUUCUUCUUGAUGUGCAUGAAAACCUCGAUCCGACUGCACGACGGCAUGUUCGCGAGCAUUACUCGAGCACCCAUCGCGUUUUUCGAUCAAAAUCCGAUAGGGCGAAUCCAGAACCGAUUCACUAAGGACAUAGGAGUGAUUGACGACAUCCUGCCGCCCACCGGCCUCGACAUCUCUUUCAUAAUGCUCAACCUCGUCGGAGUGUUGCUUUCUGUGGCGGUCGUUUGUCCGUACGUGAUCGCUCCUACCAUCGUGCUCAUUGCAUUCUUUGGCGUACUCUGGCAAGUUUACAUGCGGACAGCCCGCGACGUGAAACGUUUGGAAGGCGUUACGCGUUCGCCGGUUUUCUCCCACGUGUCUUCGAGUCUCAAUGGGCUUGCCACGAUUCGGGCAUACGGAGUGGAAGCGAUAUUCGAAAAACUGUUUGAUCUUCAUCAGGAUAGACACACGUCGGCGUGGAACCUAUUUCUGUGUACGGCCCGAUGGUUUGGCAUAUCGCUCGAUUUCCUCGCUUUCGCCUACAUCGCCAUCGUGACCAUAGGCUUAUCGUUCAUGGGAGUAAAUGGGGUUGCCGGGCUCACCGGUGGUGAGGUCGGCCUCGCCAUCGCUAAUGCUCUCAUGCUCACGGGCAUGUUCCAAUGGGGAGUACGGCAAGCUGCCGAAAUCGAAUCUCAGAUGACCUCUGUCGAACGCGUAAUGGAAUACAGUAGACUCGAGCCGGAGGCUGCUCUCGAGAGCGAGCCCCAGAAGCGACCGCCGCGCGACUGGCCGACGAAAGGAGCUGUGAGCUUCCGCGACGUCAGCUUGCGAUACAAGCCCGGACAGCAGGCCGUGUUACACCAGAUUUCAUGGGACUUACUCCCAAAGGAGAAGGUGGGCGUUGUUGGUCGGACGGGAGCCGGGAAGUCAUCGAUCAUAGCGGCACUUUUCCGUCUUCACGAGCCCGAGGGCGAAAUUUUAAUCGAUGGCGUGUCCAUCAAAGAGAUUGGUCUCCAUGAUUUGCGUUCAGCCGUGGCAAUCAUACCCCAGGAACCAGCCCUGUUCGAAGGAACCGUUCGGCGGAAUCUCGAUCCGUUCGGCAAGAAAUCAGAUGAGGAACUCUGGAAGGCACUCGACGAGGCCAAACUCAGGGACACAAUUAACGGUUUGCCGGGCGGACUCAGCACAAUCAUCACGGAAGAAGGUAAUAACUUGUCCGUGGGUCAGAGACAAUUGAUGUGCCUAGCUCGAGCGAUAGUUCGGCGGAACAAAGUGCUUGUUCUCGAUGAGGCCACCGCCAACGUCGACCCCCACACCGAUUCCCUCAUACAGGAAACUAUAAGACGGAGUUUCGCGGAUUGCACCGUUCUGACAGUGGCGCACAGGCUCAACACCGUUAUGGAUUCAGAUCGUAUCAUGGUGCUGGACGCCGGACGAGUCAUUGAAUUCGAUAGCCCGCACGCACUAUUGAGCGAGCCGAACUCGCGUCUCACGCAAAUGGUCGAGCACACCGGCCCUACAUCCGCUGAGCACCUUCGAGAAAUCGCUCGGAAAGCUCACUAUCGAACGUGUGACACGAUCCCGUUAUAA